AUGUCGAGUCCCUUUGAUCUACGCAUUGCCGUAAUUGGCGCUGGCAUGGGCGGCUUGGGAACCGCCCUGUCCCUCGCUAAAAAGGGCUUCAAGAACAUUAGUGUCUAUGAGACUGCGAGCAACCUCGGCUUCGUGGGAGCCGGUAUCCAGAUGGCGCCUAAUAUGGUCAGGAUCCUCGACCGAUUAGGUUGCUGGCAGGAUAUUCUCAAGGACUCGACCAUAGUUCGGGGCUCGAGCAUCAGGCAGGGGUCCACGAACGAGGAGCUCAGUAGGGUACCCAUGCCGAACAUCGAAGAACUGUACGGCUACCCCCACUGCGCCGGUCAUCGGUCCUCCCUCGCCGGCGGCAUCUACGAAGCCUGCAAGAAGGAAAGCAGCAUCAAAUUCCACCUCGCCACGCCCCUCAUCGAAGUGACAUCCUUCACCCCCGAACCCACCUUCCGCGUCCAGCCCCGCGGAGCCGAACCCUACACCGUGCGCGCCGACGUCCUCCUCGCCUGCGACGGCAUCAAGAGCCUAACGAGAACCGCCGUCCUAGCCGCCGCCAAUGCCGUAGGCGAGGAGGCCGAGACCGAGCAGGCCGCCUACCGCAUCAUGCUGAAGCGCGAGGAUAUGGAGGGCGACCCGGAUCUCAAGGCGCUCAUCGACAGCGACUACGUGGUGAGGUGGAUCGGCGAGAAGCGCCACAUCAUCGCGUACCCUGUUGCCGACAAGACCAUCUACAACCUGUCCACCACGCAGCCCGAUAAGAACUUCGCCUCGGCGCCUUCUGCGACUUACACCACCCGCGGCGACAAGAGCGUUAUGCUCGACGUCUUUGGCGACUUUUGCCCCCUCGUGCAGAAGAUGCUUAACCUCGUGCCCGAGGGUGAGGUCUGUGAGUGGAGACUGCGCAUGCACAAGCAGCUCCCCACCUGGACCCACGGUUCCGUUGCCCUCCUCGGCGACGCGUGUCAUCCUACCCUCCCCCACCUCAGCCAGGGCGCCGCCAUGGCCAUCGAAGAUGGCGCCGUCGUCGCCGAAGCCCUCUCCUUGAUCCCCGACACCAAGCCCGAGACUAUCGCUAGGUGUCUCAAGGUCUUUGAGCUGUCUCGCAAGGAUUGGUGCACCCAGCUCGUUGACCUCGCCUAUUUCUCUGGCCGCACCCUGCACCUCGGAGAGGGCAAGGCCAAGGAGGAGCGUGAUCGCCAGUUUGCUGAGGCGAAGGCCAACGGCGGCGAGGCGGCCGUGCCUGACAAGUGGGCUUCGCCUGAGGUGCAGAGGAUGAUUUACUCCAACGACUGUGUCGCGAACCUCCGGAAGGAGUUUGAUGAGCUGUUUGCGAAGACUGGCGAGUCUGGUGAUGGCGCAGUUCAGAAUGGUACGAACGGCGAGCCUAAGGGAAAGGGGGGUGCUGUGCCCGGGUCGGCGCCUGUUGUGUCUCUGAAGAAGGCGAAAACAGAUAAUACCGGUCAGAACGGAACGGUGGAGGUUGCAUAA